AUGUCUCACAACGCUAUACGCUUCAAAAUACCUUACAGCGAACUAGCAAUAAGCAAGAACAAAGAAAAAUCGUACGUCUUGACUAGCGCAUUAUCAAAGAAAAAGAACAAAGCAAAGAAUUUUAGCAGGACGGCUAAACUGUACAAUAAAAAUAAUGGCAACGGCAGUUGUAAUAACAAUUCUCCAAUUUCACGACCAAAGAUCUCAAUGCAAGUUAUUCAAUCUAGCCCUGCGAUUUCCGGGACUACUGUCGAAGGAACAGAUGAUAUCCAGCUACAAGCCGUAAUUCCCGAUUCGGACGAGAAUAGUAAUAGUGAAAAAGAACAAGGACCUAGUUCAGAUUCCGAUAUCUCCCAGGAAACUUUGGACAUACAAACCGAUCGUAACGAGGAUGAUACUUCUCACUGUCCGAUAUGUCUUCACUCUAUCGUGAAUUUGAGUUACCUGUACCCAUGCUACCACUGCUACUGCUUUUCUUGCAUACGUCAAUGGUUAACUGUUGUCGUUCAGUGCCCACUCUGCAAAAAGAGCGCGGAUUUCAUAAUACACGACGUUGACGAAGCGAAAGGUACAUUUGAGAGGUUACAGCUUUCUCAGGAUAGCAAAAGCGAUAAACACUACCAGCCAUCGUCGUUAUCGGAUCAGGCAUGGGAUAGCGAGGAUGGCGCAGUUUCAUUGUCGAUGUCAGGUUUACAUCAAAGACGAAGAGUCUACACAAACAAUCUACAUGUUAUGAACUUUCCUGCACACUUGAAUGGAGAUAGAUUAAUAUAUAAGAGUGACAUGGAUAGAUUAGAACACUUUGUCGAACGUGAGUUGAGAGUGUUAAUGCCAGACCAUUAUGACGAGUUAAUUAAGGAAUAUGUCAUGUCAUUAUUACUGCUACCGGCUGAGAAAGGAAUGUUGUGGAGCGAGGUUGUGAAGUCAUUGUCUCCUUGGCUUGGAGAAUUUUCUAGAAAGUUUUUGGAGGAAAUUUGGAUAUUCACUGCGAGUGCAAUGAAUCUAGAAAUGUGGGAUAGAACGGCAUUAUAUGGGCAGAAAGAAACUGUUAUAUAG